AUGAGUAGCGUUCCACUAAUAGAAACAUUUGGCCGCAUCGUGUAUGGUUUUACACGAGGAUUAACCGAGCACUACAAUCCAGAGGAACCCGAAUACACAGCAGAGAUUUUAGGCUACCAUCCUCUGGAAAGCACAGGGCGAGAAUGGUAUUAUAAACCUGUGAAAGAACUCAUUUAUCAAGAAUACGGUGAAAAUAGAUCAUCACUACCGUCAUUUAAUCUCAACAUAAGGAUUAUAAAUGCGAGUUCUACACAGGAGCACGAUGAACCACUGCAGAAUAACGAUACAGAAACAGCAGGAGCAAUGGCUUGGAAGUCAUUCAGACCUUCCAUUCGUCACACCAUUUGUGACUCAAUGUUUAUUGGAUCUUUGAUCUCACUUCUGGCCGCCAUUGGCAUUGGUACCAUAUACAUCGCACUAGCUUUCGUGAUUUAUAAAACAGUGAUGAAUUGUGAAUACCAAAAGGAAAAAAUGACUUUGCGCGAGCAGUGGAUGAGGACUAUUGCUGACGUAGUUAGUUGUGCUCUAAUUUACUUCUCUCCGGUUUUGAAUUUGCUAUUCUUGUUUCGCUCGUUUCAGCUGAAAGGACUUAAACAAAAACUACUCCAGACUUGUCUAAUUAUAUACUGUCUGGAUUCACUUUACCGCGUAACACUGCAACUUAUAGGAAAGCCUUUUUUCGCACUUUCUGCAUUGUACAAUGUUCCAGUUUAUACUCUUUGGUUAUGCAGUUCAAUGUUGCAGUUUUAUCUUGUGGCAAGUAACUUUUUAAAUCGACCAAAACGGAAACGAAUACUCCUGCUCUGUAAAAUGUUUGUUCCAACUAUUAGCUUUAUUAUUUUGGGUUGUUGUAUGAGACUCUUUAUUUACCCAGCAUACAACAAAGAAAAGAAAGAAGAAAGAAAGCUGGUUAUUGCCCUUUUUUCUCCUCUUGCUGGGCUGGUGCUAAAGGCCGCUUCUCGAAUUUGUGUUCAGCGUCUAUGGAACAUCACUCAUCCGGGAUAUUCGUACGUACUUUUAGCACCAUUGUAUUUUGUGUCAGCGAUUAUGAUCCGUGGUUUACAAUUAGAACUUAACAGUCUACAAUCCAUCGCUAUUGUUGGAAUAAUUCACGGUGCUGCAGAAGUCAUAGAACGAAGCACCAUAGUUGUGACUGAUCACGUUUGUCAUUCGCUUCGGACAAGAAAGGCAUCUCCAUGGGGAAGUUUUCGAACUCCUCGCCUGGAAAGACUUACAGCCGAUGUAGCUAUCAUGAGUAUGUUGUACGAAUCAACCGCUAUAGUUUCCGUCAAUGGCUCCUUCUACAUGCACAAACUGAUCUUUCUAGAAAACACUUCUGUCACAAGUAUGAUUAAAGAGUUCGCCCUUUCCACUUCAGUCAUGCUGGUAAUAGAAUGGUUUUUCAUCAGCGUUUCUCUAGCAAUCGAGACUCGAUAUCAAAACAUGGCUGUUAUGGCUGUAUGGCGUUGUCAAUGGAAACGACAUACUUUAGUAGCAAUCUUGAAUGUAAUGUUUAUAGGCGUAUGGGUCAUCGUGAAUCUCUUAGAUGUCGUACACGGACACUUUGUAGGCGAACCCUUAAAAAAGUGUAAAAUUCCGUUUUCCUAG